AUGGCAGACAGCGGCCUUCCUCCGGACUGGGAGAUCCGUCAUUCCAAUUCCAAGAACCUGCCCUACUACUUCAACCAAAAGACCCACGAGUCGAGAUGGGAACCUCCGGAGGAGGCAGAUACAGACAAGUUGAAGGUCUACAUGGCCCAGCACCACAGCUCGACUGCCACCCGUAUCGAUGGCCCGGCGUCCGAGGGCAAGAUUCGGGCUGCUCACUUACUUGUCAAGCAUCGUGACAGCCGAAGACCCUCAAGCUGGAGAGAGACAAACAUCACUCGUUCCAAGGAAGAUGCAAUCGCGUUGCUCAAAGGCUAUGAGGCUCAAAUUCGUUCCGGCUCCACCACUUUGGAGGAUCUUGCCAUUUCUGAAUCUGAUGACAGUAGCGCCCGUAGGAGAGGCGACCUCGGUUUCUUCGGCAAAGGCCAGAUGCAGAAGGAAUUUGAAGAUGCUGCCUUUGCUCUACAACCAGGUGAGAUGAGCACAAUCGUGGAAACGGCUUCGGGCGUCCAUCUUAUUCAACGACUGCAGUAA